AUGGGCAAUUCUAGCACUUCUAGGCAAAUCAAAUUUGAGAAGGAAGCAUGCAUGUCCAGCAUCUACCUUGGACGUAACCUGGUUGUGACCUCAUCUCCCGAUCUGAUACUGACCGAAAAGAGUCACCGAAAAGAGUCUCUUGAUUCCGGAGGAAAGCCUGGUACGGUAGCGCCAAGUAGGACGGGGUUGCAGGAGCCAUAUAGGCUACUGAAACGGAAAAGGACUAGGAUGGCGAUCUGUACUUAUAACGCACGUACACUUGCAUCGGAAGCGGCCAUCGAAGAUCUGAUGAUGCACGCGAAGAAGAUCAAGUACGACGUCACCGGAUUGACCGAGACGAGACGACGUCACCCUCUCAACGCCGUAUAUGAAACUGGAGAAGAACUGUUCUUAGGAGCAUGCGACAGUAGAGGUGUUGGUAAAAUUGGCGUCCUCAUCAACACGAGUAUGGCAAAGAACAUCGACUCUUUCGAACAACUUACGACCCGAAUCGGACGUCUGCGGAUGAGAUGUGGUCCAACACUAGCUUUGACUAUCUUCGUCGCUUACGCUCCAACAUCAAGCUACGAAGAAAAAGAAGUCGAAGCUUUCUAUAUACACCUGGAGAAGUUCUACCGAGAAGACCAUGCCUUUUGCAAGGUCAUUAUUGGCGAUUUCAACGCCAAAAAACCCUCCUCUCUACGCUGGACGUGGGAGUCACCCGGUGGAGGGUACCGUAAUGAAAUAGACCACAUCAUCGUCAAUAAAAGGUUCUGCCUGACGGAUGUCGCUGUUGUACCAAAGUUCUAUACGGGAUCGGACCAUCGCCUCCUCCGAGGAAAAUUUUCCUUCACAAGGAAAGCAGAGAAAGCCGCCAAGUUCAGAGAGAGAAAUCCCAGGACUAUCAUCAACUGGGAUCUCUUCGCUACGCUAGCCGGCUUUUGGGAAGAUUCCGCAACGGACAACAUCGACAAGGAAUAUGACCGGCUCGUUGAACACCUUCACGACUGCGCGAAGAAGGCUGAGAGUAUUAAAACCACCAAGAGACGCUUGUCUCUUGAAACUCUUGAGCUGAUACGCCAGCGUGGAGCAGCACGAGCCGCAGGGAACCAAGAACUCACGUCCGAGCUCGCAAGGCUUUGCAGAGAGGCGAUAAAGGAAGACCUUAAAGAGAGAAGAGCAAAAGUGCUGGCUGAAGCUGCAGAGGCGGGGAAAAGCAUCCGCUAUGCCCGUCCAGACUUCGCCAGUCGCAAAACGAGGAUGACUGCUCUCCGGAACCCAGAGGAAACAGCCAUUGCAUCGAGAAGGGGGAUGGAGAAAAUCAUCUACGACUUCUACUCUGAUCUCUUCGACAGCCAUGUCCACUUACCUCCUCACCAUCUGAGGAAAGACGAACAAGUCAUUCCAGAGGUUCUCCCGUCCGAAAUACGACAUGCUAUCAUGUCGCUAAGAAAUCGUACGGCACCCGGUCUCGACGGAAUAAGUCCAGAACACCUAAAGAGCCUUCAGCCAGUACUCAUCAACACCCUGGCGAGGCUCUUUACACGUUAUCUGUCGGAAUGCAAGGUUCCCAAACAGUGGAAGACCAGCAAGACCGUGUUGUUGUAUAAAAAGAGAGAUCCACAUGAAAUCGGCAACUAUCGCCCAAUCUGCUUACUGUGCGUCAUCUACAAGCUCUUUACAAGAGUGAUCCUUAAUAGGAUUGAAAAAGUCUUGGAUGAAGGACAGCCAUGCGAGUAA